AUGAGCGCUUCAUUAGGAGAAUUACUUUCUCAAUGCCUUGAAAAUAAGCAAGGAUUUGACAACUUUUCUGACUCUAUAGCUGCUUAUGUAGGAGAUACAACAAAGAAUAUUAAGUUGUAGCAGCCAAUAGUUAAUCUAAUCAAGCAAACAAUUAAAUCAAAGACUCAUACUAGUACUCAAAAAUUACUUUCCCUGAGACUACUACAUAAAUGCUUCCAAAAAAAGAACAAGGAAUUUAACAAGUAUGUCGAUAAGAAGAUACUUAGCAGAUUAGUUAUUUUAGCUCAACAUAAUAAACAGAAAAAUUAGGAAACUGAGCUCAUUUAUAAGGGUGAGACAAUAUUUUCUGAAAAAGAUCCAGAUAAGAAUAGUGCAGCUGCUUUCUUAGUUCUCUUACUUGACUGCAUAGAGCAAUGGUCUAAAAUUUACCCACUGUAGGAUGACAACAAGACACCCUCUAACUAUGUCAAACAAUAUGUAGCAUUACAACAGAAGAAGAUACUUUUCCCAUCCUAGUGUCGCGGAAAUCCCUUAGCAAGCGUCGGAUUAGUUGAAGAAUCAAGAUUAAGCAGGCAUAAUACAAAUAACUCCUAGGCAAAUGGCUAAAAUAGAGCUAAGAGUGAUAUAAGAAAAGCUUCUGAUAAUGGUCAAUAGAUACAGAAGCAACUUGAUACUAAGAAGGUAGCUGAGGAAUUGAAAGCAAAAAUGCAGAAGGCAAAGAGUGUCGCUAAAAAGAGUGAGACAUUUUUAGCAUAACUUGAGAGGAAUAAUUUCUAAGCUGAUCCAUCAGAAUUAAUAGCAAUGGACCAAUCUUUAAGCUAAGGAAAAGAAAAUUGCGAAUUUUCAAUAGACUAAUUGAUGAAUGAGGCCAUAAGGCCACUUAUAUCUAACUCAGAGUAAUUAUUGCAAUAAAUGCUCAGCUAUUAAGAACAAAUACUUACUGCAAUCGCAAUAAUCCAGCCAUUAUGUGAUUCAUUGAAGCAAGAAGAGAAAAAAGCUUAUAAGUAAUUUGAAACUAGCAAACAGAAUUCUUCACCUUUAAAAAGAAACACAGUAGCCAAACCAAAGACUAAAAACGCAUUCGCAACACAUGCUGUUGAAGAAAAGAAAAAUGACGAGGGAGGGGAUUUAUGGAGUCAAUUAGAUCAGUUCGCAACUGGAGUCAAUUAAACUGGGAAUUCAAAUUAAGUUACUUUUGGAGUUGGUUAAAUUUAAUAGCCAAUAAUUGAUGAAAAUGAUCCAUUUGCAGAUGCAAUCAGAGAAAUGUAAAAUGUUCGAUAAAAAGGAUUUCAGCCUGAAGAACAAAAGGUAGUCAAACCAGUUUAGUAAUAGCCAUAAUAGUAGCAGUAGUAAUAAGCCUAAGAAGAACCGACCGAUUUCUUCUCUAGAUACAAUAUGCUUGCUUAGCCUGAGAGUUAUGACUUCAAUCCUCCUCAAGAGUAAAAUCCAUAAAACAAUGACUACUAUGACAAUCAGUACAACUAAUAGCCAAUGGUUAGUCCCAAUAAAAUAGAGAGAUAAGAUUCAGAUCAUGAGCUAGAUGUUAUAGUGAAUUAGCCUCCUCCCUAAGAGGAAGAAGCACUUGGUCAUGUAUCCUUAUUUAAAUUAGUUUAGGAAGGGAAAUUUGAUUUAGAAUCUGAAUCAAGAAAGAAGAAGCAGAUCCAAUAAUAGCAUUCUUACCCUAAUUAUGAUUAGUAAGACUAUAACCAAUAUAACAAUCAAUAUGAUAACAAUUAAUAUCAAUACAAUGACAGUAAUGGAUAUUAAAAUCAAGCAUAAAACUCUUAUCAGGAUAACUAUUAUGCUGGUGGAGGAGCUAACGACACUGGCGACUAAGCUUCUGAAUAUAAAAAGAAAAUUGAAUCCCUCAAGUCUUAAAAUAUGACAUUGUUAACCUCAAAUCAAAUGCUGAAAGAAAGAGUAAAGAAUAUGGAAAGCUAGUAAAAUUCCUAUCAAAAUGAUGACAUGGCCCUCUAAAAUUAGUAGUUAGAAUAAUCAAUGAAUAAUCUAAGGGAUUAUUAUGAAAGAGAAAUGGAUAAUAAGGAUUAUUAAAUUAAGAAUAAAGACUAUGAGAUAUAAUAGUUAAUGGAUGAAGUCAACUAACUUAGAUCAUAAUUAGGAAUGCCACCUAGAGAAAGCAAUCAAUAAGUUUAAGCUAUAAACAGUUAACAGCAUCAAAAUAAUAGUUAUGGUUCUCACAGUUAUCAAAAUGCUAUGAUGCAUAAUAAAUUUAAGCAAGAGCUGACACUCCGCCACUUGAGGAUGAACCAAGUAAUGAUAUCAAUUAUUUAUAAAAGUGAUUUAGUUUAACAUAUUUCUGUCAAUGAUGAGUACGAUCCGAAAUUAGAUAACCUAUACUUUAAGUCUGUAUUCUCUGAUAAGUUCUUGAUCUAUGAUGAUGAGAAUAUUUAAAUGGGAUGCAUUAGAUCAGUUUCGAAUGAAUGGAGAUUAAUUACUUUGAAGUUCUUCAUUGGAAAUAAGAGUCAGGCACUUCCAAUUACAAACGUUUAAUUCUAAAGUGAUAUUUAGCAUGUGAGAAUCAAAGAUGAGGAUAAGUUUCCAGAGAUGAUUUCUCCAAAGGAAUAGUUAGAAGUUGUGAUUUACAUUGGAGCUUAGGUUUUAUUUGUUCCUUCUAUCAAAUUCUGUUAUUAAAGGUAAGAUGUACCAAUGAAAUGGCAAAGAUUAAAACUACCAGCUAAUCCUAUGUACUUCUGUGAACCAUUCAAUGUCACAGCUGCUUAAUUUAAAUCAUUUUGGGGAUUCACUAAAUUUCCUAGGUCUACUAAAUUCGACCUUGAUAUGAAAAGAGCGUCUAAUCUUUAACAAAUCAAGAAAAUUCUUACUUUGAAUGAAAAGCACGGUUUAUUUGUUUAGGGGGUCGAUGCCAAACCAAAUAUAGUGGGGUAUUCAGGAAAUCAUUUAGAAGGGUAUGUCUUUAUUAUGCUUGAAAUUAGUGCAUCUGGAACAGGUUGCGUACUAACUGUCAAAACAGAAGUAUCAGAUGAACUUACUCAAAAAAUUAUGGAGUACUUAUUGGAUUUAGUAGCAGUUAAAUAAUAAUGA